UAUGGCUCCCCUGACUUUCGAUAGUAUUCCAAUAGAACUGAUUGAGACUAUUAUUGGUUUUCUUGAAUUUCAAGACCUGUGUGCUCUUCGUUUAACUGCACAUAGCAUUUCAGCCAAAUCAUCCAAUGGUCAAUUUCGCGAGAAUUUGAAAUCCAAGAAAUUACACAUCGCAAAGGACCCCCUGGAAGAUUUUGCUCGCUUUACCCAACCAGGCCAGGUCGGUUGCUUACUCCAACAACUUACUUUAUACGACUAUGCGGUGGCAAAUCCCGGAGAUUCCGACAGGUGCCUUAACGCAGCCAAGCUGCUAGUGCGAGGAAUGGAGAACCUGCGCAACAAUACUACACAUGGUUGCUUGGUGUCUCUGUCUCUUUCCCUUCAUGGAUUAAUGGAUUCAGAACCCAAGGAGGCAUAUGAUGCCGCGGCAAAAUUGUUUGAGCUUGUUAUGCUGGCACUCAGCAGCAGCAAAUUGCCUGUGCGGAUGUUGGAUAUUUUUGCCAAAGAUUUCCCCAGCGGCUGUGCGUUGGCUUGCGGUGAAAUAAUGGCAAUCAUGGAGAAGACAGAUCUGUCUUUCUCAUUCAGAGAAUGUAAAAAAUUAUCCAUGAGUCUGUCACAUUGUUUACACAAUAUUGAUGAGGAGUGGCGGUCUCCAUUAUCCUUUGGUAAAGCCAGGGAACACACCCGGUUUAUUUGUGAUUUCGUGAAUAUGUUCCCAGUGCUAGAGGAACUUCAUUUAGCGUGGGAGUAUCAAGAUCUCGACUACAGCAAUGCGCUUGAGGAAGAAGAACAUUUCUUUAAUCGAAUUGCAUAUUCUUGUGGAUUCCCAUCUCUCAAGAAAUGCACUCUUCAGAACAUUCGUACUUCCGCGGCAUCCCUGCUUUUAUUUCUGCGUAACGUUCAAUUGGUCGGUCUAUCGAUGGAACAGGUGCGUCUGGCCAGUGGGAAGUUUGAGUCCAUUUUUCAUCACCUAUCUACUUCCAAGCCGAAUUUGGAAUACUUGCAUCUCCACCAGCUGGUGCACGAUGCAGGUACUGUUUAUUUCAAUACACCUAGUGAGCGCCGAUUUCCUCCUGGCAGGGGUGGGAAUAACAGAAGAAACCUGGGACCUAUUUCCAUUACACGAAUGGGAGCUGAUGCAAGGACACUGGUGGAAACCAUUAAUCGGUAUCAUUAAGCGGACAUAGUAAGUUAGAUGUCCACCUCCUUAUAAGAGGCAAAAACCAGGGAUUUCUUUGAAAUCUAUACAAGGUGGAGCAGUGUCUCAGGGCUACUUGUUAUUAUAAACAAGCAUUCCUGUUUCUGGACAAAAUGUUUUCUUUAUGCUACGACCCAAGGGUCUUUGGCAAAAGCCAUUGUACUAUUCUUGAAUUUGCAUCCCUCUCUUUCGUACCUCUCCACUCGACGCCUGGCUACUACAGCUUUCCAGUAGCUACGUCUGCCACAUUUCGCCUGACAAACUCUACAAGCCAUAUGUAUGAUGUUGCCACUGCGACCAACGUAGGUCUUGCAGCUUCCUUCAGGGAAGUGAGUUUGGCGAUAUCAAAUUAGAGAUAAACAAUGGACGAGUUAGUGGCUUGGAGUACGUAUGUUCCACGAUGUAUAUUGUUGAGGAACCUACUCAAUAGCCGUUCCAAGUGUCAUCCAUUCUUUGUAAUACGUUCCCUGCUAUAUAGCACGUUUUGUCCCCGAACAGAAAAGGUUUGGGGUGUCACUGGGGACUGAAUGACUCAACGGUCAAUAGUAUACCGCAAGCCUUCCCACGGAAUUUACCAGUCCACAGCCGGGAAUCUAUAUCUCCGAAAGACUGA